CAUGUAAAAUAGAUUAGCUGGUUAUAUUAGUCCUUAUGAGCGUGUGAUCUGUCACAAUUCUGCUAAACUUAUAACUGGAUACCUAUAGAAUGGCGUACAAGGUUGUAAUACAGAAAGACAAGCCAGCGUUAGCUGCAUACCUAACUGCCCAAUAUGUGAAGUCCAAAGGGAAAACAGUAUCUACCGAAUUAGGAAGUGAGAAUUCACUUGCUGUUGGAGGCAAUGUAUCGUUUACAUCAAAUUUUUCCAUCUGUCGCUUCUUGGCAAGAACUUUCCCAGAUGAAGGACUACAAGGGGAAUCGUUUUUACAGAAAACAGAGGUGGACCAUUGGAUGACUUUUGCAGCAGGCCAUCUGUCCUGUGACUCAGAGUUCUCAUCGGCCCUGCAAUACCUUGAGGAGAGACUGACUCUGGUCACUUUCCUUGUUGGCCAUAGUCUAACACUUGCUGAUUUUGCUGUCUGGGAGGCACUUCAUGUUAACAAAAAGUGGUAUGACUUGAUGGCUCGAGAUAGUGCCCCAGUGAAUGUUUCACGCUAUUUCCGGUUUCUCUGUGAUCAAGAGCCGUUCACAUCUGCUCUGAAAGUUCUACCCAAAAAACAGUCACAAGGAAAUAAAAAGUCGGAUUCGGCUGUGAAAAAGGAUGAAGGAAAGUUUGUAGACCUACCAGGAGCUGAGAUGGGAAAGGUGGUGGUCAGAUUCCCACCAGAGGCGAGUGGGUAUCUUCACAUUGGCCAUGCUAAGGCAGCUCUCCUGAAUUAUCAUUAUGCACAACUGUUCAAUGGUAAGCUCAUCAUGAGGUUUGAUGACACCAACCCAGCCAAGGAGGAUGCUGACUUUGAGAAAGUGAUUCUGGAAGAUGUUGCUAUGCUGGGCAUCAAAUACGACAUCUUCAGUCACACAUCCGACCAUUUUGACCUGAUUCUGCAGCUGGGAGAGAAGUUGAUCCGUGAGGGAAAGGCAUACUGUGAUGAUACAGAUCCUGAAACCAUGAAGAAAGAGAGAGAAGAGCGAGUUAAUUCCAAAAAUAGAUCUAAUAGUGUGCAGAAGAACCUGGAGAUGUGGGAGGAGAUGAAGAAAGGAUCAGCUGUUGGUAAGACCUGCUGUGUACGAGGAAUGGUCGACAUGCAGUCAGACAAUGGCUGUAUGAGGGAUCCCACCUUUUUCAGAUGUAAAACUGAGCCCCACGUCAAAACAGGCACAAAGUACAAGGUGUACCCAACCUACGACUUUGCCUGCCCAAUCGUCGACAGUGUAGAGGGAGUGACACAUGCUCUGAGGACAACAGAGUACCACGAUCGUGACUGUCAAUACUUCUGGAUAAUUGAUGUUUUGGGUCUACGUAAGCCACAUAUAUACGAGUACAGUCGACUAAACUUGCAGAAUACCGUGCUGUCCAAGAGAAGACUCACUUGGUUUGUAGACCAGGGAAUUGUUGAUGGAUGGGAUGACCCAAGAUUCCCAACAGUGAGAGGAGUGCUGAGACGUGGUUUGACUGUGGAGGGCCUCAAACAAUUCAUCGUUGCGCAGGGAUCAUCACGAUCCAUCGUCAUGAUGGAAUGGGACAAGAUCUGGUCCGUUAACAAAAAGGUAAUAGACCCGGUGGUACCACGAUACACUGCCCUGCUGAAGAGUGAUGUAGUUCCUGUCAAUGUGAAGGGAGCUGGUGUUGGCUGUAAAAAAGUGGCAGUACAUCCAAAGAACUCUGAGCUUGGAACCAAAGAUACCUGGUACUCUCCCUUGCUGUAUAUAGAUGGCGCUGAUGCAGAGAUGUUGUCAGAGGGAGAAACGGUGACCUUCAUUAAUUGGGGAAACCUUGGGAUUGCCAAAGUCAAUCGUACCAGUGGAAAAGUAACUUCACUUGAUGCUAACCUCGACCUUGAGAAUACAGAUUACAAAAAGACCCAGAAGAUAACAUGGUUAGCCAGUACAGAUGAGGCUCCCUUCACUCCAGCCAUCUGUGUCCAGUAUGAUCACAUUAUCUCAAAACCUAUUCUUGCCAAAGAUGAAGACUUCAAGGCCUAUGCCAACAGAGAUUCUAAGAAAGAGCAGGUUAUGUAUGGAGACCCGUGUCUAGCCAGUCUAAAGAAAGGAGAUAUUAUCCAACUACAGAGACGAGGUUACUACAUUUGUGAUCAGCCAUACCAGCCAACCAGCCCCUAUACUGGAACGAGUAGUCCAUGUGUACUUCUUAACAUACCAGACGGCCAUCAGAAAGAAAUGCCAACUGCUGGCUCAAAACACAAACAGGAGAGCAGUGCCAAGGAGAAGGCACAGAGUAAGAAAGGAAAGUCCGCUGAAAAGUCGCCGCAGGACGAACAAGCUCCGGCAGUUCCAGGAGGGAGCUCUGCAGUUGAUCUUGACAAUAGGGUUCGUGCCCAGGGCGAGCAGAUACGAAAGCUGAAGAGUGAUAAAGCACCCAAGGACCAGAUAGAGGCAGAGGUGAAGAUCCUGUUAGCAAUGAAGGCCAAGUACAAAUCUGCCACUGGUAAGGAUUGGAAACCAGAUGCUAAACCAGCCCCAGCUGCUGCAGUCACUCCUGCAACCACGGGAGAUGCUGACCUCUAUGACAAGGUCGCAGCCCAGGGAAACAAGGUCAGAGACCUGAAGUCACAGAAAGCAAAGAAAGACCAGAUAGAUGCUGAGGUGAAGACCCUGUUAGCACUGAAGGCAGAGUACAAAACUGCCACUGGUAAGGAUUGGAAACCAGAUGCUAAACCAGCCCCAGCUGCUGCAGUCACUCCUGCAACUACGGGAGAUGCUGACCUCUAUGACAAGGUCGCAGCCCAGGGAAACAAGGUCAGAGACCUGAAGUCACAGAAAGCAAAGAAAGACCAGAUAGAUGCCGAGGUGAAAAUCCUGUUAGCACUGAAGGCCGAGUACAAAUCUGCCACUGGUAAGGAUUGGAAACCAGAUGCUAAACCAGCUCCAGCUGCUGCAGUCACUCCUGCAACUACGGGAGAUGCUGACCUCUAUGACAAGGUCGCAGCCCAGGGAAACAAGGUCAGAGACCUGAAGUCACAGAAAGCAAAGAAAGAAGUGAUAGAUGCUGAGGUGAAGGUACUUUUAGCACUGAAGGCCGAGUACAAGUCUGCCACCGGUAAGGAUUGGAAACCAGAUGCUAAACCGGCUCCUGCCACUACUGCCACUACUGGAUCAGCAACAACUGGAGACAAGGAACUUAAUGAUAAAAUUGUCACUCAGGGAAAUCUUAUCAGAGACCUAAAGGCCAAGAAAGUUUCAAAGGACAAGCUUGACCCUGAAGUGAAAAAAUUACUGGCCCUUAAGGCAGAGUAUAAGACUGCUACUGGCAAGGACUGGAAGCCCCAGCCAGUUGAGGUCACCCCAAAGUCCACCGAGUCAUCCAGCUCCAACAUGGCUGAAUCUGCAGAAGCAAAAGAUCUGAAGGCACAGAUUGAUGCCCAGGGUGAGAAAGUCCGGUCACUCAAAUCUUCUGGGGCAGCAAAGGGUGAUGUUGAUAAAGAGGUACAGACACUGCUGGCCUUAAAAGGUAAAUACAAGGACCUGACAGGGGAGGAAUUGGGAGGAGGAGGACGGCAAAACAAGAAAGAUAAAAAGGCCAAAGAAAACAAACCACCAAAGAAACAGGAAAAAACACCGGUCAAGGACGACUCGGCGAGCAAGGAUGACUUGGAAAACAAGGACAUGAAGAAAGUCACAAGACUCUGUCUAGAGGCAAAGAAAGAAGAAAAUUUAUCGGACUGGUAUCAACAGGUCAUCACGAAGUCGGAGAUGAUUGAGUAUUAUGAUGUGAGUGGCUGCUACAUCUUGCGCCCAUGGUCCUACUCCAUCUGGGAAUUCAUUAAGGAAUUCUUUGAUAGAGAGAUCAAGAAACUUGGCGUAGAGAACACUUACUUCCCCAUGUUUGUCUCUAAUCAGGCACUGGAAAGGGAGAAAACCCACAUAGAGGAUUUUGCUCCAGAGGUUGCCUGGGUAACCAAAUCUGGGAAGUCAGAUCUAGCUGAACCUAUAGCCAUUAGACCAACCAGCGAGACUGUAAUGUACCCGUCGUAUGCCAAGUGGAUUCAGUCACAUCGAGACCUGCCACUUAAACUUAAUCAGUGGUGCAAUGUUGUGAGAUGGGAGUUCAAACAUCCACAACCAUUUCUGAGAACAAGAGAAUUCUUAUGGCAGGAAGGCCACACAGCAUACAGUAAUGCUAAGGAUGCACAAGAGGAGGUAUACACAAUACUGGAGCUGUAUGCCCGAGUGUAUGAGGAACUCCUGGCCAUCCCAGUGGUGCGAGGAAGGAAAACAGAGAAGGAAAAAUUCGCUGGAGGAGAUUUUACAACUACAGUCGAGGCCUAUAUCAGUGCUAGUGGGCGUGCCAUUCAGGGAGCCACAUCUCACCAUCUUGGUCAGAACUUCUCAAAGAUGUUUGAGAUAGUGAUUGAGGACCCAGAGACACGGGAGAAGCAGUUUGUCUAUCAAAACUCAUGGGGUAUCACCACUAGGACAAUAGGUGUGCUGUGUAUGAUCCAUGGCGACAACAAUGGGCUUGUACUUCCACCUAGAGUGGCUGGUGUACAGGUGAUAAUUGUUCCCUGUGGUAUCACAGCUAACUUAUCAGACGCAGAAGGGGAAAGUGUGUAUGAGAAGUGUAAGGACCUACAGAAAUCACUCACAGCUGCUGGCAUCAGGACCAAGUGUGAUCUGCGUGAUAAUUACUCUCCAGGCUGGAAAUUCUACCACUGGGAGCUUAAAGGUGUGCCACUUCGAAUUGAGCUAGGUCCUCGCGACAUUAAAAAGAGCCAGGCUGUCACCGUGAGACGAGACUCGGGUGCAAAGUCAACUGUUUCUAUGGACAAAUUGGCAGCAACUAUCAUGGAUACUCUCAGUGACAUCCAACAAAGUUUGUUUGCAAAAGCCAACAAGGACCUGUCCAACCAUAUGUCAGUGUCACAUGACUGGGAGGACUUCUGCAACAGCCUAGACGAUAAGAAGAUCAUCCAGGCUCCAUUUUGUGGAGCAAUUCCUUGCGAGGACAAGAUCAAAAAAGAUAGUGCCAGGGAUGCUGUGGUGGAGGAAGGAGCACCAGCUAUGGGAGCCAAAGGGCUGUGUAUCCCUUUUCAGCAGCCAAAGGAGAUGGCUAGCGGUACAAAGUGCAUCACCCCAGGUUGUUCAAAGGAUGCCAAAUAUUACACACUAUUUGGAAGGAGCUAUUGAGAAAGUUACAGAGAUGUUUAUGUACCUGGAGAGAUUGGUAAGAUGGUUGAUCGACAAGAUAUAUUACUCUGAAUCCCUAUCAUCACCAUUAGUUUAGGAACUCUCUGUUUCACCAUUGAAUUAUUUAUUGAGAACCAACUCACUGAAACCUGUGUAAUAGUGAAGUGUUUCGAACUGAUUCGAACUGAAAAGGUUGUGGAUACUUAAAAGCUGAAGUUUCCUCCGAUUUGAGGAGAAAACUAUAAUAUGAUGAACAGGAGUCAACAUUUCAAACAGGUUAACUUGCCAUUAUCAAGUGUGACAAGAUGUUUUAUAGUGCAAUAUAAUGUGAAAUAUUUGCAUAAACAUAUCGUCCAAAUCUUGAGAACUAGAAUUUUAUUUAAAAUAAAAGAUGAUGCAAUUUCUUA